UUGGCGGGCCGCGCGGCGCGGGCAUGGCGGCGGCACGGCGGCGGCGCGGCGCGCGGCGGUACCGCUUCACGGAGGGAACGGCGGCGCUGGCGCUGCGCAUCCCCGAGGUACCGCCCCGGGGGAACGGGAACGGCAGCGGGGUGGAGGGGCCGGCGGCGCGGCAGUGGCGGAGCAGAGCCCGCGCUCCCAGCGCCGCGCCCCGUGUGUUUCAGGCGCUGGACUCGCGGUACGGGAUGUACGUGUGGCCCUGCGCCGUGGUGCUGGCGCAGUACGUGUGGGUGCAGCGGAGCGGCCUGCGCGGCAAGCGAGUGCUGGAGGUGGGUGCCGGUGUGAGCCUCCCCGGCGUGCUGGCGGCGCGGUGCGGCGCGGCCGUGAUCCUGUCCGACAGCGAGGAGCUGCCGCAGUGCCUGCAGAUGUGCCGGAGGAGCUGCCUGAUGAACGGCCUGCCCCACGUACCGGUCCUCGGGCUCACCUGGGGGCGGAUAUCCCCAGAGCUGCUCUCGCUCACACCCAUUGACGUUAUUUUAGGAUCAGAUGUGUUUUUUGACCCCAAAGACUUUGAAGAUAUUUUAACUACAGUUUACUUCUUGCUGGAAAAGAAUCCACAGGCUCAGUUCUGGACUACUUACCAAGUCCGAAGUGCUGACUGGUCUAUAGAAGCUUUGCUCUGCAAAUGGAAGUUGAAGCACACCCACAUCCCCUUGUGCUCCUUCGGGGCAGACCAGGAGCACUUGGCGAGCUCUCCUCUCCCAGGAAGACACACAAUUGAAAUGAUGAUCAUCUCACUGGCACAAUCAGAGGGUACUUAAGUUUAUUGCACUUGUUGGUUCCAAUACAAUACUGGACUGCUGACUGUAGCAUGGAUCUGCAGCAAACACUCCUGUUUACAGCAAACCUCGUGCCUGUUUUGGGGGAAGUGUAUCCCCCUUAGCAGGGAAUGUGCAUUGUAAAAAUAAACCUGUGGUGCAGCUGUG